AUGGAUCCGCCUGCCAAACCCAAACGCACAAGAGUCAACAAACACAAGCGCGUCUCAAGAGCCUGCAAUUACUGCCGUGCUCGUAAGCACAGAUGCGAUGGCAGCCACCCAACCUGCUCGCGAUGCUCUGCCAUCCACUACCCAUGCAGCUAUGGCCCCGACUCCAAGAAGCGUGGGUUGACGACGGGCUAUGUGAGGGCUCUGGAACUACUUUGGGCACUUGUAUUCACCGUCGUUCCUAAUAGCAAGGUUGUAGUCCAAGAGCUCUUGCCAGAUAUUCAGUUUUCCCUAGAUUCGCGAUCCAGAUUGGUCUUGAACAGCAGGCUUGUCAGAGACUACGAGACACUCAGACAAGGUUGGGACGGUAGUGACAUCCAAGAAGAAUUGGAUCUGCUGUUGUCGAAUAUUCAGCAAGGGAACGACUACGGUGCAAAUUCCGUGGCGUCCGUCAAGGCUGAAGCCUCCACUCCCGACCUCGCCCCUCGUGUCAAGGUAUUCGAGGCUGUACAGACUUCAACGCCAGCCAAUGACGCUCGGGAGGUCUCAGACCCCAUGGAUACCGACAGGGCCAACACGCCUUCCACUCAUGACGCGUCAGUGCCCCAACCGGCUCCAUGGAACGACGUAUCAUCCCCCGCGUCUGCUCAACAGGUACGGCUCUUAAUUGAUAUAUACUUUGCCCAUACCAAUUGUUGGCUCCCGAUGGUCCAAAAGCACAAGAUGCUGGAGUUAUUGUAUUCGCCGUCAAGACAUGAUCGGGAAGAAAAGGGAAAUAUGGCCACUCUAUGGGCUGUUGUUGCUUAUGCUUCACUUCAAGAUACCCGUAACCAUACUGGAGCGUCUGAUGGUCAAUCUGCUCUUCCUGCUCCCGAAAUAAUCUAUUCUGAGGCGAGACAACGGAUACCUAACGAAGAUGCGAGACUUCCAGGCUACGUUCAAGCUUUGCUUAUCCUGGGCCUUUUCAAAAUGGAUCAGGAAGAUCUUGUGUCUUCAUGGCACUUGAUUGGCCAAGCAGUGAGGAUUUGUCUUCAUCUCAGUACCGCGCCUUCUACCAGCAACGGCUCUAAUGCCGCAAGUGUCGAUGAUGACAAUCAGAAGCGGCUUGUCCUAAGUUGCUUUAUACUCGAUACUCUCGUAUCAUGUCGUUUGCACAAGCCACCCCAUCUCAGGACAGGAGAUUUAUGUUUCUCCCUGAAGCUCGCAGAAACAGGUCCGAAUGAAUGGGAACCGCAGAACGUAACUUCUACAACUUUGGGCAACACUAACUCCAUGAACCAGCCUUCGCGGGUGUUAAGUAUCUUCAACUACUACGUCAGCUUAAUAUGUAUCCUAAACGAUGCCAUGUCGAAUCAUCAAUCUUCAAACAGGCCUUGCACCAAAAGUCUACUGGCAUUGAAUCGCUGGUAUGAUGGACUUCCACAGCAUUGUCAGAUUUCACCAUUACCUGGUAAGGUUCAGCCGGGAACGGCACCGCACCUGACACCGCAACUGUACAACCUUCACCUCGCCUUCGCGAGCACCGAUAUGCACCUCAGGUCACAUCUUGCUACCACAAAUGAGCUACCGAGUACACAAGUUACAGGAUUAGCUGGCCUGUCUAUGGGAUAUCUCAUGGCAGCUUUUGUGAAGGAGUUUGAUGUAGCUAAAAUGCCUGCUAUAUUCAAGAUUUACCAAGACCUUGGACGCAGAAGAGUCUUUAGACCUGUGCGGCAGGACCAUUCUGUUGAUUUACUGGUUUCGAGUAAGCCUUCUCCUAAUUUAUUACCGACACCUCCGGAAGUCUGUGAAACAGGCCCUGUUGGUACUAGUAGGCCAGAAAGGCCUUCCGCCGUUUCAUUGGCUCGCCAAGUUGAGGAGUCAACUACUCAAUCUCAUGCACCGACAUCAGUUGAAAAUUUGGACGAAUACGAUAUAGAAACCUGGGGCAAGAUAUUUGGUACAGCAGAGUUGGGCGAAGCAGGCGUACCAACCCAGCAGGACAUGGAGAGUCUAGAUUACUUGAAUGGGAUGGCAUGUUUUCGAGGUGAUCUAAUAUGCUCCCAAAGUGCUGGCUCAGCCGUCGUCCAAGUUCUAAACACAGUGGUAUUCCCUUAUGCCGAAGAUAUUCACCAGGGCAAGCUGCCUGUCUUCAACCUGAGCCUUCCCCUGGUGCCUCAUCCAAGUCAUAUCGGCCGGGUACACGCUGUCGGAUCGGAUGCCAUACUUGCCAAGCCCGGUGAUCUGGUCUUUUUCUCGGCCGCCAUCUAUGCGCGAGACGAUCCUAGCGUGAAUAUCAUCCAGGGACACCACGGCGGAGAGGGCACGAAAGGUCGCAAGCUCAUGCGGGGAGAAUGGCGAGAUGGCGCCCUCCAACAGUAUCAAAAAGUUCCUCUCGAGAAUGUCUUUGUGUUAGACGAGGAUCGGCUAUGCAAGCAACUUGGAUACACGCCUGCGGACCUUCACGAGAUCUCCUUCUACAGCAUCUCUGCUGGAGCGUUAUUCGAGGCUGCCAAUCUACUAGCAGGCGAGACGAUUGUACUUGGUCCAGCCACUGGGACCUACGGAGGCAUCACCUCUGACAUGGCACUGGCUCUGGGCGCCAACGUCAUUGCUAUUGGUCGUAGUGAGACAAAGCUCGCAUACCUUAAACAGCAGCUUGGGAACCACGAGAGAUUCAGCUAUGUUGUCAUGACUGGAGAUGACGAGGUGGACGCGGCCGCAAUCCGAAAGGCAAGCGCCGAUGGGCGCGGUGUCGAAGUAUACAAUGACUGGGCAUCAGGCAGCUUGAACGGCUCUCCCUACUUCUCGGCCGCCAUACAGGCUGUGCUACCAGAAGGCAGGGUUGUCCUCAGCGGAGCACCGUCUGGGUCUAUCUCAGUUCCGUACACACUCGUGAUGCACAAAAACAUCAAGAUCGUUGGUAAGGUCAUGGUAUCACGAGGAGGAAUUGAGUUGACUAUCAAGAUGGUGAAUUCGGGGGUUCUCAAGCUCGGCAGGCGUGGGGGCUCGAGUCACAAGGUGUACGGCUUGGAGGAGCAUCACGAGGCUUUCGAGGAUGCGAAGCAGAACAGCGGCUUCAGAGUCUACACAGACGUUGCUCCUAACUCAUGGUAG